CAUGUUAGCCAUUACCUAGGAAUCAGUCAAUGGACCAUCAGGCGCAUCCGGAAGACCUUCCGGGACACUGGUGAAGUGGGACACCAACUAGCUUGUCAAGGACAGCCUUGUGCCCUUGAUGGCUUGGAAUUCCUUGAAGGCUGCAUUGAAAGACAGCCUGAUAUGAUCCUCUCAGAGUUUUUAGAUUCCUUUUUUUUUCUUUGGCGAGCACUCCACCGAAUAGUCUACACCAAUUUUUUCAAAGACUUGGGCUAUCACACUUAUCACACCAGCCACACUCGGUACUGA